AUGUCGACAAGUCUGCACCAGUAUCCGUCGGGAUUCAGUCAUCUCCCCGCGCCGAACAUGGUCGAUCACCAGCAACAUCACCACCAUCUUGCUUCCCAGCAUUUAGGGCCAUCUCCACUCGAAGCUCUCGCCCAUACAUCUCAAUACGCGGCACUACAAUAUCAUCAAAAUCGACAUGUAUUGCCGAAUGGCAAGGCGAUUGUCAAGACUCAUCGCUUGCCGUACGCCACUGGUCCAAUAGCGCCGCGCAACCAACGCGACAUGCUCCACGAGCGGUCGAGUCGCAGCAGUGCCACCUCGGGACCAGUACGACGUAGAAUCAGCCGAGCUUGCGACCAAUGUAACCAAUUGAGGACUAAAUGUGACGGACGACAAAGCUGCGCGCAUUGUAUAGAAUUUGGUCUGACGUGUGAAUAUAUUCGCGAACGAAAGAAGCGCGGAAAGGCGUCAAGGAAAGACAUUGCGCAACAACAAGCUGCUGCAGCCGGCAAAGGCAGCCAACCAUCAGAAGACUCCACCGCUGGAUCUCCUCAAUCACAGAGCAAGACGGCCGAAUCUCUUCCAAACAGUAGUCCGCGACUGCCAGAAGGACAGCGGCCACUUCCGGAUCUACCAAGCCGCUCAGCUAGCAUGACAAUGGGAAGAGAAAUGGAACCGAACCCAUCCUACCAGAGCAGAACAAUGAGCAUGAGCGCCGUCGAUACUAUUGCUGAACAUGACUCUCACCACCAACUGGUAGACGGCAUGCAUCCUAUGCAUCCCAUGCAACCGCCACGGAUACAAACCCAGGGACUAGCGAUGCACAGCGCUGGCCCAGAAUAUACAUCGAUGGACGACUAUCAUCGUAACCUUACGUACCAUUCUCCUCACCCAAUAAUGCGGAGUGGUAUGCAUCCAAUCGUCCCAUCUCACGGCAUGGAGUACUCUGGAAGCCCGUAUAGCAUGAUGAGUCCGCAGAGUGCACAUGCUCAAGCGCCACCCAAUCCGUUUCGACUAUCUGACGAAGCCGCUAAUAUUGGUUACAUUAGCCAAUCCCCGGUUCCAGGAUCUCCGGGGUGGAUGCUGCCCUCCCCAUCGACCACUAUGUACUCAGGUGCACCGCAACAUAAUCCUUCUCAACAAUUGAGGUAUCCAGUUCUGCAACCACUGGUACCACAUCUCGCAAGUAUCAUGCCGGUAUCGCUAGCAUGCGAUCUCUUGGAGCUGUACUUCCAAAGCUCUUCCUCCGCGUUUAUGCAACCUGUCUCCCCUUAUGUGCUCGGUUACGUGUUCCGAAAGCGUUCGUUUCUACGAUCACACAACCCACGCAUGUGCAGCCCGGCACUUUUGGCUAGUAUGCUGUGGAUCGGGUGUCUGACCAGCGAGUCACCAUAUCUGUCCUCCUCACCAUCAGCCAGGAGCCAGCUAUCAGAGAAGCUCAUCAACCUAACCAUUAGCCUUCUCAAGCCUCUCGUGCACCAGACGCAUGGCGACAUAGAUCCAAAUGCCGCAAGCUUCGCUGACAGCGGACUGGUCAAUGGCGUAACAAUGGGCGGCUUUGGUAUGCCAGCCCAAGACUCCGAAAUCGGCCUACCGGGAGCACCCGGAGGCCUCGACGAUGUGGCAACAUACAUGCAUCUAGCCAUUGUAAUUUCGGCUAGCGAGUACAAGGCCGCUUCCCUACGAUGGUGGAACGCUGCAUGGUCACUCGCCAGGGAACUCAAGCUCGGCAAGGAAGUGCCUGUGACACCUCCACCCGAGGCAAAUGAUGACGAUGCCCAAGGAGAGCUCGACAUGGAACAUAUGGGUGGACACCCGAAUUGUCCUAGUAGCCCUGUGGAUUUUACCGAAGAGCAACGUGAAGAGCGCCGACGCAUAUGGUGGCUCCUGUACACCGUCGACCGUCACCUCGCCCUUUGUUACAACCGACCUCUCUCGUUGCUAGAUGUAGAAUGCGCUGGCCUUUUGCAGCCUCUUGACGAUAACGUAUGGCAAGCUGGCGAUUUCUUCGUGGACUCCGCUCAACCGUUGCCAGAUUCCACACUUCGCCGAAGAGGUCCUCCCUUUGAGUGCACCGGGCACUCCAUUUUCGGAUUUUUCCUUCCUCUGAUGACUAUACUCGGAGAGAUCGUCGAUCUGAACUACGCAAGAAAUCACCCAAGAUUUGGCACAAAGACUGAUUGGGACGAGCACGCUCGCGAGAUCAGUCGACAACUAGUCUUAUAUGGACAGUCCUUACAAGAGCUUCGGAAUCGCGCCGUCAACGAGGCAAAUGCGGAAACUCUCGAGCCAGUGCACCCCGGUACACCGUCUGCUAGGUCGGUUGCUUCCAGUAUAUCAAGGGCGCAAGAGUCUUUGAUGCAUGCUAAGAUUGUAGAGGCCUAUGGUACGCAUCUGAUGCAUACGCUACACAUCCUCUUGAACGGAAAAUGGGAUCCCAUCUCACUCCUAGAUGACAAUGACCUCUGGAUAUCUUCGCAAAGUUUUGUGAAUGCAACGGGUCACGCAGUUUCCGCUGCUGAAGCACUGAACGAAAUUCUGGAAUAUGACCCCGACCUGAGUUUCAUGCCAUUCUUCUUCGGCAUAUACCUUCUGCAGGGAAGCUUCCUUUUACUUCUUAUCGCCGACAAAUUGCAAGGAGAAGCAAACCCGAACAUUGUAAGAGCAUGUGAAGUUAUCGUUAGGGCGCAUGAAGCCUGCAUCGUCACUCUCAACACAGAAUAUCAGCGGAAUUUUCGGAAAGUCAUGCGCUCAGCAUUACAACAAGUGCGUGGUCGCGGCGUCGACGAGCAUGUGGCACAACAACACCGCCGCGAAAUGCUAAGCCUUUACCGCUGGAGUGGUGACGGCUGUGGUCUUGCGCUAUAA